AGCAGUUGUGCUUGACGAAGAGAGGUGCAGCAGCGUCUUUUUUCUCGUUUCUAGUUUGUAGGUGCAACUGAAAGAUUUCGGUGCUGGCUGCAAGCUUUUAGCGGAUCGUGUGUUUCGCGGAUCGCGCACACCCGACUCAAGUGCUCGCACUAUCUGCUGCACUCUGGCUUUCCUACUACUUUUCGAAAUCGCUGUCGGGAUCGUUGUUCUGUCUUAUUGUUUUUGCUCUUUAGUCUCUAUAAUCAGCGAUCGGACAUUCCACAUUAAAGGUGAAACCUAGUGGUCGGUGGUGGCGGUGUGUCAAAAGUGGUGGUGUGUGUCAUAAAAAUCGUGGAAAAUUAAAACUUCUUAAAAGAGGUGACAACAUCUUAGCGUGGAACGCUCACCCGAACGGGCAGCAUAACGGUUCAAAUAUGCUUAGAAUGCUAAUUAGUGAUAUCGACCCGCUUAUGCGAUGAAAUAUGCGCGGAAUUUGUUGUGAUCCUAAUAAGAACGGAAUUAUUACGAUUGUGAUGCAUGCAAAAUUUCAGAAUGUACAGUGACUUCCUUAAAAAAGACCCUUCGAAACGCUUUGAGAAAUUAGGAAUUGAACUAUAUAUCGUAGUUAUCUGUGGAAAACAAGAACAUUUUAAAGAAAUCUGUGAAAUAUUUUACAAGUGAUUAAGAAUAACAAAACGUGAAAAUGGAUGAUAACGAAAAUAUAUUAGACUAUCAGAAAAUGAAUUUUUCACCAUUCACAACACAAUUCGCUGGUAUACCGGCUAAUGCUGUCAAUCAAUUCGCUACAUCGAAAUUUGCCCAAAAUAUUACCACAGCAAAUGGACAGGUUGUCGGCGUAGUUUCCGGAGGUGAAGGUGGUGUUCAUUACAUACGUCCAGUAGACGGCAGCGGAGCUUUUGCUGGUCAAGUUCAAACGCAUAAUCCAGCAAACCUUAACGAACCCCAAACUUUAAUAACACUGCCAAUCACAAUGCCGGGUGCGAAACCUGGUGAUGCCCAACAAACGGUACACAUUCAAGUGAUAAAUCCGAAUCCAUUACCGCAACAAGCGCAAAAAUUCCAAGUGGGUCAAAUGCAAAUUCCCAUUCAGAGUUUUCAACCAGGCGGUACGACAGUACUGACAGUUGCUUAUAACCCGCAAGAUGGCAAGCUGAUACCGAAUCAUGGCUUUCCGGAAGGGAUGACAGUGGUGGCCGCACUACAGCCGCAAGAUUUGCAGCUUUUGGCGCAAGCGCAGGCGCAAGCCCAGGCUCAAGCGCAGGCACAAAGUGUAGCCAAUUCAGCACAUUUAUCAGCACAGCAGCAAAAUAGCGAACCGGAGCAGAAUUGUGAGGAGGAGCCAAAACAACAGGCUAUCAUACAAACAACCAUAAAGCAAGAGCCAGAAUGGGAUAAUAUGAUGCAACAAAAUAGUCAACCUGACCUCUCAGAAUACAUAACACAGACCACACAGGGACUGAAUUUGCAGCAAUUUUUAAGGUUUAACACAAGUGCCCCUGUAAAGUAUGAACCUGAAUUUCAAAUAACCGCAGAAACAAAUACUGAAGCUGUGAAAGCCGAUGAUGCUGAAGACGUUAAACCAAAACGAAAGAGAAGAGCGAAAAAGAAACCUCCAAAACCGAAGCCGCCAAAGCCUGGUCAAGUGUUGAUUGCUACGGCUAUCGAUGGCACUGUUCUCUUUUGCUGCCCCGAAUGUCAGAUGGCAUAUCCCGAAAAAGAAAAUCUAGAGCAGCAUUUAAGUGUACAUAAAAUAGAAAGAAGGUAUAUUUGUGAAUUAUGCGGAGCUGGCCUUAAGCGGAAAGAGCACUUGGAGAGACAUAAAUCCGGGCACAGUCCUGAACGACCAUAUAUCUGUAGUGUUUGCAUGAAAGGCUUCAAACGAAAGGAACAUUUAAAUCUUCAUUUUGUGAUACAUAGUGGAGAAAAGAAUGAAAUUUGUUGUGAAUGCGGCAAGGGAUUUUAUCGAAAGGACCACUUGAGAAAGCAUGCAAAAUCUCAUGCUGCAAAACGACUGAAAGAGGAAAUGAAUGCCAGAGCGGGACUUGCUAUGAUUGGGACUUCCAUAAAGCAAGAGAAAAUUGAACCAAAUGACGAGAUGCAAAUGACUCCAAUUUCAGUCUCUACUUCGACGCAAAUGAGCGAUGGGCAAAGUCAGGAUGGAAUCACCCCCAAUGUAGAAUGCAUUCUUAGUACAAGUGAAUCUCAACCGUUACCAGCAAAUACACAAGCCGCUAUCUCACUAUCAACUGUUUAUGUUCCAACUAGCGAUAAUACAACGCUACCAGUCCAAAUACAAAUCCCACAAAUAGUUACGAGUUCUGUAGACGUGACCACCAGCAGUGCUCUAUCCAUGCCGUCGACCUCGACAACCGAAUCUCAGCCCCAACAGACAAUGAUGGUUUCCCAAUGACCAACAGUUGACACUAAGAAAGUCA